UCUCCAGGCAUCUCACCUAAUAUAUUUAAAUUAAUAGUACCGACACAAUGUAGAUAGUUACCCGCAUUAAGAGUAUUUUCAUUUUUUUUUUUUAACAUUCGACUUGGUCACUAGAACAGGAACAGGCUUACCCUUCCCCAGUUUUGUUAGCGAAGUUCAUCAUUCUUGAGCAGGUCUUAUCCCUCCGCCGUUAUGGAGUGAGAAUGUGGCCUGAACAGUUUUUUUUUUUUUUGUUUUGGAACGAUUGUCUAAAUGAGGUGGUGGACGGGCUUGUGACUAACGAGUACUGUACGAGUAAAGUACUUUGUUCAGAAUGAGAUCGUAUACCUCGGCGGCCAACUUUUGCGCAUGGGCGUGGCUUUGUUUCGCAGCGCUAACGAAUCGCAUCACUAGCUUUAUAGUCUAUCGGAAUUAUCGUCUCACCAUAGGUGGAAGCUUUGACCGUCAGUGACGAAAACUGGCCGUCACCUAGGUAUACGAUCUCAUUCUGAACAGGGUAGGUAUACUUUGAAUUUAUUUGUCGUCCUCGUCAGUUUAACGGUGGACUCGGGACCAGCAGCACUGCCGUCGAAAUAUCUUUUCACCUAUCUCUUCGGUACAGUGAUACGCAGUCUAAAGUGCAGGUUAAAGAUUGGUUCAUAUUUUUGUAACACUUUCCUUUCGAACGUGAUAAGUCUUCUGCUACCACUUUUUAUCAAUAACCAGAUUUCACAAGCAUAUGAUAUUAUACUUCUCGAAGCCCGGGUAACUAUAAAUGGAAAAAGUUGGAUUUUAUUUUAAAAAAAAGAAGAGUAUGCCGUUAUAGGACACUGUAGGACACUAAUAAAAAAUGCGAUACACUUUUCGAUCAACUUUAAAAAAGGCUAAUUAAUCAUUAAGCUUCUAGUACAAUACUAUUAUAGCUCAACAAUUAUAGAACAGCUUAAGAAUAAAUAUCAUAACAAAUAGUAGGUAUAUAAUUACACUGUGUAUGUGGAAAAUGAACGUAAUAAGUGAAAUAAGUGGAACAGUGAAUCCAGAUUAAGAAUACUCGAUGAUCGGUAUUGAAUCUACGGACCAAUAAACUGUAAAAGAUUAGAUAAUUUAUAAAUUAUCGUACCUAUAAGACCGUAGACGUGGACUACAUUAUUUUAGAAUCACUUGGACUUUUCUAUGUGGUAUGUAGAAAAUCAUUAAACAUGAGAGCUUUAGAAUUUGUUUUUAUUUUUUCCUUGGUCGUCUCUGCGUACUGUAACGAGUUGGUAUUUCCUAAAGGAUUUUUAUUUGGGGCUGGCAGUAGCGCAUAUCAAGUAGAAGGAGCAUGGAACAUCUCUGGCAAGACCGAGAGUAUUUGGGACGAUUUAACGCAUCACAGGAAGCAUUUGAUGUUCAUGCACACGUUUUUACCGAAGAUUGACAGCAACAAUAACAAUAAUUUACCCGAGCUGCCGAAAGAAGACCAACUCUUCGCCAUAAGGAGCACCCAUAUUCUGGGCCACCAACCCGUUAAGCCAAAAAAAUCCUACAUGAACGAAAUAAAUAAAUACAUGGAACAAUGGCUGGAUGGUGAAUACAAUGUGUCGCCGUUGGCCGGUGCGUCGCUGUCUAACCAUUUUAACUUACUAUCUAGCAGCAACGACAACUUGAACUUUUUCUACGACACGGAACCAUGGACCGUCGAUCUACCACGCCGGCCCCCUAGGGUGGUCGACUACUACAAGGGAGUACCCAUUUACGAAUCACUGCCCGAUAAAUUGCUUCGUACCGUGCUCAAGCUUCCAUCUAUCGACGAAAUUUCCUCUUACGACUUGUAUGCCUUGCACACAGAGUCCCGCACCGAUCUGAACUCGGCUACCGGAGAUGUGGCGUGCAACUCAUACUAUAAAGUCGAUGAAGACGUUAAAUUGCUCAAGGAUCUCGGGGCAAAAGUAUACAGAUUUUCAUUAAGUUGGUCAAGACUAUAUCCAAAGGGAAAUGCCCGAGAAUUUAACGAAGAUGCUGUGAAUUAUUACAAAUUAAUCAAUAAACUUAUAGAAAAUGGUAUAGAACCUUUUGUUACAAUACAUCAUUUUGAUUUACCGAGGCAUUUGCAAAUGAUUGGUGGUUGGUCAAAUAAAGCUUUGGUAGUUUAUUUUACAAUAUUCGCUGAAUUUGCCUUCAGAACAUUUGGCGACCGAGUUAAACUGUGGACAACAAUUAAUGAACCUAUUGUGGCAAUUGAAGGUUACAAAUCUGUGAAUGCUGCUCCAGCGUUAGGACAUCAUAUGAGUGGUGUGGCCGACUAUUUAGCUAUACACAACAUGAUUCUUGCUCAUGCUAGUGCAUAUGAUGUUUAUAAAAAAAAAUACAAAUCUACCCAAAAUGGGAAAAUUAGCGUUAAUGUAGUUGGUGAUUGGUAUUAUCCGUUAAAUAAAAACAGACAAGAGGAUAAAGAUGCUGCUGAAGCAGGAUUAAAGUUUCAGAUUGGGAUGAUACUUCAUCCAUUGACCUACGGUGAUUACCCAGAAGAAGUGCGAUCCAGAGUGCACAACAAUAGCAAACGACUAAAUAUAUCUGAUGUGCGUUUCCAGAGGUUUUCUGAUGGUGAAAAAAAACUUAUUAAAGGUUCUUAUGAUUUUGUGUCAUUAAAUCAUUAUAUGUCCUUCGAAGUGACUGAUUUGCCUGAAGACGAAAGAGAAGGAAAAACUGUAAGUGAACUUGAUGCAAAUAUAAAAAAGAUUCUGCUUAACAGCGAUGAAGAACUUGAAAAUAAACCCUGGUGUAAGAGUGUACCGGAAGGAAUGUCCUUAAUUUUAAAUUGGAUUGAUAAGUCCUACAACCAUCCGGAAAUUUUUAUUACUGAAAAUGGAUAUCCAGAACCAGAAGGAUUAAAUUUUUCUUUAAAAAAAUUGAAAUACCAUCACGGUCACCUAAACCAUACACUUAUUGCAAUGAACGAUUACAAUGUUAAUGUUAUUGGAUACUGUGUUUGGUCUUUAAUGGAUUCGAUGGAAUGGUUGAAUGGUUACAGGUUGAAAUAUGGAAUUUACAAAGUCGACUUUGACGACGAUGACAGACCACGUACCAACAAGUCGUCAACCAGGUGGUUCAGAGAGGUAUUCACAAAUAAGAAACUGAUUAAACCGUUCUUAACAAAUGAAAAUUGUUGUUACAACAAUUAAUAUUGAAAUAAUAUAAUAUAUUAUACAGCUCUAAUUGUAUAACUAAUACGCAUUUGUUUUAUAUAUACAUUAUUCAAUAUACUUGUAUGAUAUAAAUAUAGUUAUCACUUAAUCAUACUGCAAGUUCAAAUAUUA